AUGGGAAUAUCAAAACUGGACCUGUCCCCGGUUCUCAAACGACAAGCAGCUUCUGCGGGCAGAGACGUCAGCUCGGGCCAGGCCGAAACAGCACCGUUGCUUCAUAGUCACUCUUAUAAUAGAGCACUGCCUGAGGCGUUUUAUGGACCUCGUUCAGGAAGCAGAGAAAGACGGUUACAUCAUCAAAGGGCACUUACGGUGGAGUCUCCUUCGCUGAGAGAACGCAGAAGACUGGAGCUGCCGGUGCUUAAUGGACGUAGACUGUCGGUGUCAGCGUUGGAGUUGCAUAAGCAUAAUCCACGACACUCGAGUGUCCAGGGACCUACGAUGCCUUUCUACCAACGGCUUCUUUCGUCUGGAUUCACGGUUUCGAACCCUAUGGGCUCGAGUCACGAUUUGACUGCUGGGUUUGCGUUUUCUGAUACGGGCUCGGUGAGGUCUGUUGAUGUGGAGAAUGACGAUUACUUCGAUAGACCGUUUAGGAGAAUGAGCGUGCUUAACGAGUUGAGGCCAGAGAAGCUUAUUGGUGAUUGGUCGCCUGUGGCUGACUGGAAGGCUGGCUACGUGGACCCGAAACUGGUGAAAUGGCUGUCUGGGCUCAGGAAGUUCUAUACCGAGCAGAACGAGCUUAUCGAACGGUUUUCCGAGAUUGACAAUUUUUUGGAUUACGGAAAGAUCCAUUUGAACAUGUUGAACACGUAUACGGACCCUAAGAACCCUAAGAAACUCCUGUCGCUUGAAGAGGAGCCCGAACAGUCCCUGGAACCGAUGGAACAGACUAAUUCAAAGUCCAGACUCAACGCCGAGCCUGGCAAUAUCCGUGAAGGUGGACAAUUCUUGGGCUACGAUGAGGAACAGUCGUCACAGAGCGUUUUGGUGGCCAUUUUGGUGAAUUUUGCGGUGAACACGGUCUUGUUGAUUGGAAAAAUCGUCAUUUCCCUCUUGACAAACUCUCUUUCCGUGAUUGCUUCUUUGGUCGAUUCCGUGCUUGACUUCUUGUCUACCUUUAUCAUUUACAUUGCCAACAGACUCUCCAAUAACAAGAAUUGGCGUACACAGAUCUUAUAUCCCAUUGGCAGAACCAAACUUGAGCCAUUGGGAAUCCUCAUCUUUUCGGUGAUUAUCAUUAUUUCUUUUUUCCAGGUCGGUCUUGAAUCCUUCAAGAAGCUUUUCUUGAGCCGUCCAGAGGAACGUGUAAUAGUUGAAAUUGGCCUCGAUGCCAUCGCCAUCAUGUUAGCUACCAUCCUUGCAAAGAUCGUCUGCUGGGCCUGGUGCAUCACUUCAAAGUCAAGUUCCGUGCAAGCCCUAGCACAGGACGCCAUGACCGAUGUUAUUUUCAACACGGUUUCGUUGAUCAUGCCUACUAUUGGCCAUUACGCUGGUCUUUGGUGGGCUGAUCCUCUUGGUGCUCUUGUUCUUUCAGUUUACAUCAUCAUCAGCUGGGGCUAUACAGCCUUUGAGCACAUUGAUAACUUGACUGGUGCCGUGGCCAGCGCUACAGAUUAUAAAGUCAUUUUGUACUUGGCAUACCGUUUUGCUGAGUGCAUCAAGCUGAUCACUGCUUUGAAGGUGUAUCAUGUUGGUGACCUUUUGAACGUUGAAAUAGACGUUGUUUUCGAUACUGAGAACUACAAUUUGAGCUUUAAAGAUGCUCACGAUAUUGCUGAGGCUUUACAGUAUGCCAUUGAAAGUUUGCCCAUGGUUGAGCGGUAA